UUAUGGAAUCUAAUUCUACAAAAGAGACAUUAAUUUAUAAAAUCACAAACAAUCUUGAUUCAAACAUGAUCAUGAGCAACACUCAAAUCAGAUGACCAACUCUAACCCUCUUUUGUUCCCUCCAUUCCCACUCUAUUCAUCUUCUUAAUCUUCUGUUUAAUCUAAUCUUGUCACCACAGCUUAAACCACAACAAUGGCGUAUAUCUUCAAUCUUCAUCUUCUUUCCCUCUUUCUGUCAUUCACUUUCGCCAUUGCUACUUUCUCCACCAGAGACGCCGCCGUCCUCCUCCGCGUCAAGAACACCCAGCUCGAAGACCCAGAUGGCUUUCUCAACGACUGGGACGAUUCCAUUACCCCCUGUAACUGGACUACCAUUACUUGCAAUAAUCACACACUUGAUAUUGUUUCAAUCGACUUCUCCGAUUUUGGGAGUCUCGCCGGACCUUUCCCGGCGGACUUCUGUAGGAUUCCGACACUGCGUUACCUCAGCAUCGGGAACAACUGCUUCAAUGGUAGCAUCUCUCCCGCCUCUUUCUCUCUAUGUUCUCAUGUUACAUUUUUAAAUCUCUCCAGCAAUUACUUCGUCGGGAAAUUACCGGAGUUUCAGCCCAGAUUUGUUAACUUGACUGUUCUUGACGUUUCAUACAACAAUUUCACCGGCGAGAUUCCGGCGAGUAUUGGUGAAUCAUUGUUGCUUCAAGUUAUGAACUUCUCCGCGAAUCUACUCUCUGGUGCACUCCCGGAAUCUUUAACGAAUCUCACGGAGUUGACAACAUUUUUAGCGCCGGAGAAUCCAUCUUUAUCAGGCCGGUUGCCGGAAAAUAUCGGGCGUCUCAAGAAACUUGAAACUUUCAGAAUUUCAAACACCCAACUCUCUGGCGAAAUACCCGAUUCGAUCGGAGAUCUUUCCUCCAUCAAAAGUAUCGAUCUUUCCACAAACUCUCUCACCGGCGGCAUUCCAGAUAGCAUCGGACGUUUGAAAAGUAUCGAACAUCUCUGGCUCUACGACAAUAAAUUAUCCGGUGAGCUACCGGAUGUGUUUGGGAACUUAACUUCUCUUCUACAGUUCGAUGCUUCUCUGAACGACUUCACCGGUAAACUACCAACCAGUCUCGCCGGUUUACAUCUCCAGUCACUAGCCGUUAAUGACAACAAUCUUGAAGGUGAAAUCCCGACGAUUCUUUCUUCAAAUCCGAUGCUUACCCAGUUGAAGCUCUUCCGCAACAAAUUUUCCGGUGGGUUACCGGAAUCUUUGGGUGAAAAUUCCGAUUUGGAAGAGUUUGAUGUCUCCGACAACCAACUUCAAGGUCCAUUGCCUCCGAAUCUUUGUUCCAAGAAGAAGCUUCAGAAAUUCAUAUGUUUUAACAACAGAUUUUCCGGUGACUUCCCUGUGUCAUGUGGCGAUUGCAAAUCUAUAUUUUAUGUUCGUAUAUCUAACAAUGAAUUAUCCGGCGAGAUUCCGUCGAGCUUCUGGAGUUCAUCUGCACUUCAAUUCAUCGACGUUAGUAACAAUAAAUUCAGGGGAUCACUUCCGGAUUCAAUCUCUCGUUCCAAAAUCAUACAGGGAUUAGUCAUCUCCGGCAAUGGUUUCUCCGGUGAUUUACCGGCGGGGAUAUGCAGAUUAGAGGAGAUCGUAGAGAUGGAUUUAAGAAAUAAUCAGUUUUCCGGUGGAUUGCCGCCAUGUUUGACCAAUUUGAAGAAGUUAGAAAAGCUUAAUCUUCAAUCAAACGAGUUCACAGGUGAAAUCCCAAAUGCUGUGAGCUCUUGGACUCAUCUUUCGAGUUUGAACAUUUCAAACAAUAAGUUAAGUGGGGUGAUCCCGAAUGAAAUCGGGAAUUUACCCUCACUUAACUAUCUGGAUCUUGCCGGAAAUUCGAUUUCCGGCAAGAUCCCGGAUUCAUUGAGUCAUCUCAAACUCAAUAUCCUGAAUCUUUCUGAUAACAAUCUCGAAGGAAAAAUACCAACAGGUUUAGAUUCCGAAGUUUUUGCUUCAAGCUUAAUAGGUAACCCUAAACUAUGUAGUCAAGAUCUUAAGCCAUUCCCUCGUUGCCAUAAGACAAAAUCCGCAAGCUAUUAUGUGGUUGCUAUUCUAUCUGGAUUAGCUUUCUUUCUUAUCGUAUCGCUUCUUUGGCUUCUUAUCAAGGCAAAGUUGUUGCGUCGGAAUACGAGUUUAUGGAAGAUCACAUCAUUCCAACGAGUUGGGUUCAAAGAACAAGACGUUUUGGCAUCAUUAUCAGAGAGCAACGUCAUUGGAAUGGGUGGUUCCGGAAAGGUAUAUAGAGUGACACUCAAAACCGGACAAACGGUGGCGGUCAAGAAGCUAUACGGAGUUCACCGGAGUCCGGAAACGGAAUCCGAAUUCCGGUCGGAAAUGGAGACGUUAGGUUUGAUUCGGCAUAAGAACAUCGUGAAGCUUUUGUUUGCUAGUGUUGGGGAGGAUUUUAGGGCUUUGGUUUACGAGUACAUGGAGAAUGGUAGUUUAGGUGAUAUGUUACAUGUAGACCCGAAAGGCGGGUAUUUGUUGGAUUGGAGUAAACGAUUUGAGAUUGCCCUUGGAGCCGCACAAGGGUUGGCGUAUUUGCAUCAUGAUUGUGUGCCUUCUAUUGUGCAUCGAGAUGUUAAGUCGAAUAAUAUUUUGUUGGAUGAAGAGCUAAGACCACGUGUUGCGGAUUUCGGUCUAGCCAAGAGCUUGCAAAUUGAAGUGAAAGAGAGUGAUGGAGCCAUGUCUCGUAUCGCGGGUUCCUAUGGUUACAUCGCACCAGAGUAUGCAUACACGAUGAAAGUUACCGAAAAAUGUGACGUAUACAGUUUUGGGGUUGUGCUAAUGGAACUAGUAACUGGCAAGAGGCCGAAUGAUGCGUCUUUUGAUGAAAACAAGGACAUAGUGAAGUGGGUAACCGAGGUUGCUCUAUGUGGUGAGGGUGGAUGGAAAGACUCGGAUCAACUUAUAGAUCCUAAGAUGAACUGUUCAAGCCAUGAUUAUGAAGAAAUUGGGAUGGUGUUGAAUGUAGCCCUUCAGUGUACUUCGGCUUUCCCACUUAAUAGACCAUCUAUGAGAAGAGUUGUUGAGUUGCUCAAAGGCCAAUCUUCGACACCUUCAAAAUAGUUGUGUUAUAAAUAUGCAGUUUUUUGUUCUCUUAGCGACAAAGUGUAUAGCUUUUAGUUGAGGUUGCUGCAUAGUGUAUUUUUAUUAAAUCUGGCAGUUUGUUGUGUUUCAAAUGAUAAUGUUUUAUAGAUCAGUUCUUAGAUUUUUGCGUUA